AUGGAGGCUGCGCAGACCGUCACCGUCCAGCUGGAGUGCGUCUGCUCGCGGACGCAUCCGGGGCAGGCCGUCUGGGUGCUUGGAAACGUUCCUUCGUUCGGAACGUGGAAACUCAACGAGGCGCUGCGGCUUGAAACCAGCCCUGACUCCUUCCCCACCUGGCGGCUGAGCAAGAAUGGCGUCCGCAUUCCCCGCGAACAAGACGUCGAGUUCAAGUUCGUCAUCAUGAGCGAAAACAGAGACUAUGUCGUCUGGGAACAGAUCUACAAUCGCAAGAUCUGCACAGGCUCGCCGAUCGUUUACCGAUGUACAUUCGACGAUUGGCAAAGCGAAACGAUCCCUUGGGAGCCUCCCUCGAAGAACUUGAAAGUCGACUUGAAGUUGUCUCCUGGCGCAGACACGCAGACGCAGCAGCCAACGUGGAUGGGCCGGUCGCCAGACACCGCAGCCUCGCCGCUGCAGCGGCUGUCGUCGGGUGUGGAUGUGCUUUCGUUGGGCUCCUCUCCGGCGAUUUCGCUCUCCACGUCAUCGCUGGGCGGCGGCUCGUCUUCGCCGUACUCGGUCGCGAGUCGCCUGCUGGACGCGGGGGAAGCAGGCUGCGACGACGCCGCCGAGAAGCGCGCAGGAAAAUCUGGAAAGGUCGAGGGCGGAGGCGAGCUGCCGUCGCCGUCUCUCGCGCGAGUUGUCGCGGGCGAGCGAAGUGCCCGCAGCUGGCGUGAGAAAAUCGAAGUCGUGAAGGACGUCAUCACCGCGGCACUCAAGGAUGGAAGACUCAAAAACGAACAGGAGACAGUCAAUCUCAUCGACUCCCUGGCGUACUGCAGCAUCUACCUGCGCUUCGUUUCGCAAGGCGACAUCCCGUGCGCGGAGGACGGUCGCCACUUCCGGCCGAAUCAUCACGCGAAUCUCUCCAAGGACCUCUGUCUCCUCCUGGAGCAAGUGAUGCUGGAAGUGAACUUCAAAGACGACGUGAUGUCCGACGCAAUUCGUCUCCUGGCGCGUUCGAUUGCCCCGUCGCUGCCUUCCUUCGGCGCGGCGUUCACUGCCGCACAGCCGCUCACGCGGAUUCGCGACAUUGCACAUCGAAACGACAUUCCCCCCGAGUUGAAAAAUGAAAUCAAACACACGAUUCAGAACAAACUGCACCGGUGCGCCGGUCCGGAAGACCUCGUCACGACUGCGAAGCUUCUCAACCGCAUUCACGGCAACCGCGGCGCCUAUCCGUCAGAGUUCGUCGCGGAGUUCGAGCGCUUUUACGACGAGCUGCGGCGCUUCUUCAAUGCGACGGACUUGGAGACGCGACUUCGCGAACUUCGCCAUCAGGAAGAUCCCCGCGCGGCUGAACUUAUCGAACGGUUCUUGGAGUCGAAGGCGCGCAGUGACGACCCGAAUGCGGGGUUGACAAAGUUGCUAGUCACGCUGUCGGUAUGCGUCGAGCUGCGAUCCUCGUUCGCCUGCCAGCUGCGCGACAGCGGCCCGGUUUUCCACCACCAAGAAGUUCACCAAGUCCAAGAAAUGCGCCUCGCGGAGAUCUUUCUUGACGACGUGGCCUUCGUGCUGCUUAGUCGCAGCGAGCAGCUCUUUGGGCAGGUUCUGGACAGCCGUUGGCCUGAGGCGAUCGAGGCAUUGUCCCUCGGAAUUCAAAACGUGCGCAUCAGCGGCGUGAAGCGGGACGAGUGCCGCGCGUUGGCCAGCGAGCUUUCUGCGUUGGCGCAUCAGCCGUUUCACUCCGAGGACGACUGGCUAGUGCUCAAGGCGUCUCUGGAGCGCUGCCGGCGCCUCUGCGAGGAUUUUACCGACCUUCAGAUUGCCCUCUUCGCGAACCGCUCGCUCGCCCUCGGGCAGCAGCUCAACCUUCCGCAACACGCCGUCAGGGUGUACUCAGAGGCCGUAAUCCGAUGCAGCGUUGUUUUUCAGAUUUCGAAGCUGUGCCGCACGCUGCUGCGGCGGCUGCACUCGCUGCUGAGUCUCCAGCCCUACGACGCGCUGGUGACGGGCGAGGCGGCUGGAUCGGUGCUGCUUUUCGACACACUCGAGGCGGGCGUGACUCACUGCCUGCGCCUGAACGCGGGCGCGGAGGCGGAAACGCCUCGCGACGCCGCAAGCCGCCCUAACGGCCGCCCUGCGCUGAACGGCGAGCGUGCCGGGGCGCCGCUCAUCCUCGCGGCGCGGGCUGCCAGCGGUGACGAGGAGAUCGCGGGGCUUGACGGCCCCCACGCGCGCGUCGUGGCGCUCGUCAUCGGGCACGACCUCCCCAUCCUCAGCCACCUAGGCGUUCGCGCGCGCCAGAAGGGCGUGCCAUUCGUCGCCUGCCAAGAGGCCUCGGCAUUCGUCCCCUUUGCCGCAGCGGAGGGAAAAGUUCUCUCGCUGACGGCCGACGCACGGACGGUGCAAUUCGAAGUCCUCGAGGGCACCAAGGCUGCGGAGGCGCUCAGUGCGCAGAAGAGACGCGAAGAAAGAGGCGGCGACGCUGGCAAAACGGCAGAAAAGAAUGCGCCUCUCCAGCUGCUUGCGACGUCGUGCUACCCGUUCUCGAGCUCGAUUCCCGCGGAGCUCCUCGCCGCUGCGGCGCCGCCGCGACCGCUCGGAGUCCACGACAUCCGCCUCGAGACUUGCGGCUCGAAGGCAGCCACGUGCGCGCGUCUUCGGCUUCUGGUCGAGGAGGCAGAAAACCAAAACGAAUUCUCGCCAAACAGCUUCUUGCCUGCGCCAGCCCCCGUCUUCGGCGCCGCCAGCUGCUUGGCCUUCCCGUACGGCACCGUCGAGUGGAUUCUUCAAGCGCAGGGCAAGACCGAGCAGUUCGGCGCUCUCAUCGAGAAACUCGAGACGGCAGCGCCGGGCCCGGAGCUGGACGACGCGACAGCGAAGAUGCAGGAUCUCGUCAUGCAUGUGGCGCUUCCGGAAGACCUCAUCCUGCCAGUCGUCGAGUGCUUCGGCGCUCGCUCGCGCCUCGUCGUGCGCUCCUCCGCGAACGUAGAAGACCUCAAAGGAAUGUCUGCGGCGGGCUUGUACGAGUCUGUCGCGAACGUGUCUGUCGGGGACCUCAACGCCUUUCAGUCGGCGGUGGCGACGGUCUGGGCGUCGCUCUACUCGCGUCGCGCGACUCUGGCGCGGCGCGCGGCCGGCAUUCCUCAGCAUCAAGCGUGCAUGGCAGUGCUUAUUCAGGACUUGGUGACUCCCGAGCUGAGUUUCAUUCUCCACACAGUAAAUCCGCUGGACACUCGAGAGGGCAACCGACUGUACGCAGAGAUCGCGCCAGGCUUAGGCGAGACGCUCGCCGGCGCAAGCACGCGAGGCUCGCCCUACCGAAUGACCGUCGAUAAAAGAACAGGCGAACUCCACAUGCUGGCUUUCUGUAACUACAGCACAUCUCUCGUCCCGGUCAUGCCGAGGACCAGGAGUUUCACGACGCUGCGCGACGGGCAAGUCCUGCAGCAGGCAGCGCCGAGCGUCACGCCUUCGGCACUGGUGAAGGCGAAAGUCGUGGACUACACGAUGGAGCCGAUGACCCAGGACCUCGGGUACAGAGUUCAUGUUGCGCAUCGGCUGGCCGCCGUCGCCGCGACGCUCGAGGCGAAGCUCGACGGCCCGCAGGACGUCGAGGGCGUCAUUGCGGGCGACGCGAUCUGGAUCGUCCAGUCGCGACCGCAGAGUUUUGCAGAGUGA